GCUUGGAGGGGAGCUGCGAAACGAUCGCAGCGCGCGGGGUGGCGAGUAGUGAGUUGAGCCAGCGUGUGUUAUGUGUGAUAGCAUUUUGUAUGAGAAACAAUAGACGGUAUGUGGAAUUACACUUGUUGUGUUGUUAACUGCAAAAAUAACGGUAAAACUAGUGAUUGUAUAUUUUACAAGUUUCCAACUGCAUCACAUAAAAUAGUUCAAAGGCAAAAAUGGAUUGCUGCUGUGAAAAGAAAAAAAAAAAAUCAGAUGAUCCUGCGAGUCCAAGCUACGCGCCAAAUCUAUUCCCUCCAGUUUAUCAUGCAAAGCAAGUAAAUGAAAAAGCUGUUUUGAGCAGGUACAAUCGACUCAUGAACCGAAGAAAGACUCUUCACAAGCGUAACAUCGGAGUGAAUUGUGAUACUGGAAAUCAAGUUAAUAACGACCCCAACAACGUUGUCAAUAAUAGUGGACGUGAACCUAUGGAUAUAAGCAGUGCCGAAGUAAUUUUAAAAAGUGAUCAAGAGUGUCAAGUAGAUUUUGUAAGUUCUGCUGGUAUCGAACAAACAAAAGCUUUCACUUGUAACAGAUAUAUUUACAUGACUAUCUACUGCGAUGCUGAAGUUCAAACUGAAAUACCGGAAAUUGCCACUCUCAAAACUAUUGUAAAUAGGAAAAAAAUGAAAGAUGAAGAGACAAAUCCGUAUCUCCAAAUCGAUAUUGCUGAAAGACUAUCUCCUGCUGCUACUACGACGACAUCUUCAUUCUUCACGACUUCUAGUACGACACAACGCACACCGACGUCAUCACCGGCUACAGACACGAAAUCGCUGGACCAACAUCCUCACGGAAGAAUGCAACAUUUUAUUCCGUUCCUCCUCUUCAUCUUCACUUUGUAA